UCCGGAAGUGUCUGUCUGCCUGUGUGCAGUGACAGGAGGAGGAGGAAACGGCAUCACCAUGGGACUUCUCUCUGACCCGAACCGCCGGCAGGCUCUGUCUCGUAUCAUCACCAAGCUGAACACUCCUCUCUGCAUCAUCAGUUACCUGAUGGGCAUAGGCUGGUUCCUGGGCUUGGCAUUCCAACCGUUUACCCUACGCUCAUACAUCUCGGAGAACGCUAUGGGAUCCACCAUGGUGGAGGAACAGUUUGUGUCUGGGGACAGAGCGCUUUCCUACGCCAGAGAGUUUGCAGCGCACAGAAAGGCGGCUGGAGGUUCUCCUGUGGCCUGGCUGGAGAGGACGAUGAGAUCUGUGGGUCUGGAGGUUUACACACAGAGCUUCUCUCGCACACUGCCCUUCCCUGAUGAGUCAACUGAGAGAUAUAUGGUGAAAGGCACAAAUGUGUACGGCAUCCUGCGGGCGCCUCGUGCAGCGAGUACGGAAUCGCUGGUUUUGAGUGUCCCGUGUAGUGAGGGGCAGAAUAAUAACCAAGCAGUGGGGCUGCUACUGGCACUGGCGUCAUAUUUCCGAGGGCAGAUAUAUUGGGCUAAAGAUAUCAUCUUCCUGGUGAACGAGCAUGAUCUUAUUGGGAUGGAGGCCUGGCUUGAGGGCUACCAUGAUGUGAAUGUAACAGAGGUAAAAUCCUCAGUAAUGGUGGGACGCGCAGGCGCCAUACAAGCUGCCGUGUCCCUGGAGAUGAGCAGCGAUGUGGUCACCAGCUUUGAUGUAGUUGUGGAGGGGCUGAACGGGCAGCUGCCUAACCUGGACAUGGUGAACUUGUUCAAUGCCUUCUGCCAGAAGAACAAGCUGCUCUGCACCAUCCAGGGAAAGCUGCAGCGCAAUGACUACGACACAUUCCCUGGGUACGUACACAACCUGGAGACCAUGAUGCUUAUGGUGCUGAAGCAGGGCUCCGGCAGGCCUCAGGGCGACCAUGGUCUCUUCCUGCGCUACCAUAUCGAGGCCAUCACCCUGCGCGGCAUCAACAGCUUCCGUCCUUACAAAUACGACACAAGCACCGUGGGCAAGACAAUUGAAGGGAUGUUCCGCAAACUGAAUAACCUGUCUGAGCGCCUGCACCAGUCUUACUUCUUCUACUUGUUACCUUCAUUGUCACGAUUUGUGUCCAUCGGGAUCUACAUGCCAGCCAUUGGCUUCAUCAUUUUAAUUCUCAUCCUCCGCAUAUCCUUUACUGAGGAAACUCACUCUCUGGACCUGUGGAUUAAGCUCAGUCGGUCUGAGAUAGUGACAGAGGACGGAGAGCUGGACGAUGAAGAGGAGAUGAUGGUCUUAGCAGAUAUUAUCUAUGACCCUGUUUGUUCCCCCAGAACUACAAGAGGAGAAGAAACAGGACCUCUUGAUCGUGUGGGACAAGUCAUGCUGUCGCUCAGCAUAGAGAUGCGUUAUCUGCCUUUCCCGUAUUUCAAGGCAAACACAGAAGAAAGGAAACCCACGUGGUCAAUACAGCUUCUGAUGCUUUGA